CACACUUCCUCAGGCUAAUCCAGGACCAGCAGGCAAGAUGCAUGUGGACCUGGUGUGGCUGACGGCUGCGCUUCUCUCCAUCCCCCUGCUCACACUGUGUGACCCACUCAAUGUGUUAGUGGCCCCUAACCUUCUCCGGGUUGGGACCCCUGAGAAAGUAUUUGUGGAGGCUCAGGAUUAUAGUGGAAAUGAACUCAAUGUAAAAAUCAGUGUAAGGAACCAUCCACAGAAAACCACAGAACUGGCUUCAAUUUCUGUCAUUCUCAAUGCUGCUAACAACUAUCAGGCUGUUUCAGCAAUAAAGAUUCCUGACAAUAAGGACUUCUUUAGUGAUGACCCACUGGAGAAACAGUAUGUGUACCUGGAGGCACAAUUUCCUUCCAGCAAACUUGAAAAAGUGGCCCUGGUCUCCUUUCAGUCUGGGUACAUAUUCGUUCAGACAGACAAAAGUAUCUACACACCUGGAACUGAAGUUCGUUACAGAAUCUUUUCAUUGACUCCUGAUCUGCAGCCUGUUGAACAGACAGGAGGAAUCUUUGUGGAAAUCAUUAAUCCACAAGGAAUAACAAUUAGCCGGGAAACUAUCUUUCCUAAACAAGGAAUAAUAUCCAAUUCAUACAACAUCCCUGAAGUUUCAAAACCUGGAAUAUGGACUGUAGCAACGCGGUAUAAAAACACCCCACAAAAGAAUUUCACUGCUGAAUUUGAAGUUAAAGAAUAUGUGCUUCCUAGCUUUGAGGUUGCAUUAAAACCAUCCAAGUCUUUCUUCUACGUGGACGAUCUUGACCUUCAAGUAGACAUAACUGCCAAGUACCUGUUCGGAAAAAAUGUGGAUGGUGUUGCUUUUGUGGUGUUUGGCAUUAAGAAGGACGACACGAAGACAACUCUGCCUGCCUCGUUAAAAAGAGAACCAAUCGCAAAUGGAGAAGGACGUGCAAGGUUGACUAGAGAUAUGAUACAGCACACCUACCCCAAUAUUCAUGACCUGAUCGGAAGCUCCUUGUACAUUUCCAUCAGUGUUUUAACUGAAACAGGUAGUGAAAUGGUUGAAGCAGAGAAGGGGGCCAUUCAAAUUGUGAAAUCACCCUACACCAUUGAGUUCAAGAGAACCCCAAAAUUCUUCCACCCUGGAAUGUCUUUUGAUGUUACGGUUUAUGUGACCAACCCGGACCAGUCUCCUGCUGAAAAUGUGGAUGUAGAGGUCAUGCCUGGUAAGGUGAGGGGUCGAACUAAGAGUAACGGAAUGGCCAAGGUUAUAGUGAACACCCAGGCAGGAGCCAACACAUUACAAAUCACUGCAAAAACCAUAGCUCCAGGCAUAUUACCUGAAAGACAAGCUAUGAACCAGAUGACAGCCCAGGCUUACACCACCAAAGGAGGCUCCACCAAUUAUUUACAUUUAAGUGUAGAUACUGCAGAACUGACAAUCGGUGAUCAGAUGAACAUCAAUCUAAACUUCAAAAGUAGUGCCCAAAAUCAAGAUUUCACUUAUCUGAUCCUUAGUAAAGGACAGAUUGUGAAAGGAGAGAGGUUCAAGAGACAAGGGCAGUCACUGGUGACCUUGUCUCUACCCGUCACCAAGGAACUGGUUCCCUCAUUUCGUGUGGUGGCGUAUUACCAUAUAGGAUCCUCUGAGGUUGUGUCGGACUCUAUCUGGGUCGAUGUGAAGGACACAUGCAUGGGAACGCUGAAACUGGAUGUCAGGGAAAGUUUAAAUGUCAAAAAAGUCUUUGAGCCUAGUGAUGAGUUUCAUCUCAUAGUAACUGGAGAUCCAAAAGCCAAGGUUGGGCUGGUAGCUGUGGAUAAGGCUGUCUUCGUUCUCAAUAAGAACAGACUUACACAGACCAAAGUCUGGGACAUUAUUGAAAAGCAUGACACUGGCUGUACAGCUGGCAGUGGUAAAGAGAGUAUGGGUGUUUUCUAUGAUGCAGGUCUACUGUUUCAGUCUGAUAAAGCAGGAGGCACCACUGAAAGAACAGCUUCUGAGUGUCCUGCUCCACCGAAGCGAAAACGAAGAGCUGAGACUCUAACCCAGAUCACGGAAAAGCUGUUUGGUAAAUAUUCUGGUGAACAGAAGCAAUGCUGUGCGGAUGGACUGAAAGAGAACAGGUUGGGCUACACAUGUGAACGGAGAGCUUCAUAUAUUUUGGAUGGUGAAGAGUGUGUCAAGGCCUUCCUGGACUGUUGUAAUGAGAUCCAAAAACGCAAGGACGAGCAGAAAGAAUUGCUGCAUCUGGCUCGCAGUGAUGAUGAUGAUGACGACUUUAUAAGCUCUGAUGAAAUUGUCUCCAGAACACAGUUCCCUGAGAGCUGGCUGUGGGAGGACACAGAACUGCCACCCUGCCCAGGAAACAUACCAUGUGAAUCAACAAGCCGCACCUUGGACAAAAACUAUCUGAAAGACUCGAUUACUACCUGGCAGAUCCUUGCCAUCAGUCUGUCCAAAACCCACGGCAUCUGUGUGGCUGAUCCCUAUGAAAUAACAGUGGCGAAAGACUUCUUUGUGGAUCUCAAGUUACCUUACUCAGCAGUUCGCAAUGAACAACUAGAAAUCAAAGCUAUUCUGCAUAACUUCUCCAACAAGCAACAGAAGGUGCGUGUGGAAUUCCUUGAGACAGAGCAUGUUUGUAGUGCAGCCAGCAAAAAGAAGAAAUACCGUACCAUAGUUAACGUUGAUGCCAAGUCCACCAGAGCCAUCCCAUAUGUAAUUAUUCCCAUGGAACUAGGAAACCACCAGAUAGAGGUGCAGGCUGCGAGUUCAAUAUUUCAUGAUGGAGUGAGGAGAACCCUGAAGGUUGUGUCUGAAGGUGUGCUAACUGAACUCCCAGAACAAAAUCUGGAACUAAAUCCCUCUCAAGUACCUGGUGGCGUUCAAGUUUUGCAUUUGAGGACCGACAUACCAAAUGGCCAGGUUCCAAACACCCCUGCACAAACUUACAUUAGUGUAGCUGGUCAGGAGGUGAGUAUUACAAUUGAGCAGGCCAUCAGUGGAGACUUCAUGGGGCGUCUGAUCGUACAGCCUGUUGGCUGUGGAGAACAGAACAUGAUCUAUAUGACACUGCCACUUACUGCCACACGCUACUUAGAUACCACCAAGCAGUGGGAAACAGUCGGUCUGCACCGACGUAGUGAGGCUGUCCAACAUAUUCUGACAGGUUAUCAACGACAACUUACAUUCCGUAAGCCUGACGGCUCUUAUGCAGCAUGGGUACAUACACCAAGUAGCACAUGGCUGACAGCAUAUGUGGGGAAAGUCUUUGCUCUGGCCAGUGACAUCAUUAGUGUAGAAGAAAAUGUUCUCUGCAGCGCCCUCAAGUGGUUGAUUUUAAAUUCACAGAUGCCAGAUGGCACAUUUAAAGAAAGUGCCCCAGUGUAUCACGCAGAGAUGGUUGGUAAUGUACGAGGAAAAGAUGCUGACGCAUCUCUCACAGCAUUUGUAUUGAUUGCUCUACAAGAAGGAAAUCACCUCUGUGUCAAAUUAGUUGGGAGUCUUCCGGAGUCUUCCAGGAAGGCCACUGAAUAUUUGGAGCGUAGGCUUCCUUUGUUGACCAAUCCGUAUGCAAUUGCCAUGUCUUCAUAUGCCUUGGCCAAUGCUGGCAAAUUCAACAGAGAUCAUCUGAUGAGAGCUUCCUCUGAUGGUGGUUCUUACUGGCAAGUUGCUGGAGGGCAUCACUUCACUCUGGAAGCAACAGCGUAUGCCUUGCUGGCUCUGGUAAAAGUAAAGGAUUUUGAAGCUGCAGGAAGAGUUGUUCAUUGGCUUAAUAGGCAAAGUAGUCCAUAUGGCAGUUAUGGCACUACCCAGGCAACCAUUAUGGUGUUCCAAGCAGUGGCUGACUACUACAAGGAAGUAAGAGAUCGUCAGAAUACAGACUUGGAUGUGGAAUUGAGUGUGAGUGGACGAAGUCGCCCAAUAAAAUGGAGUUUCAAAAAGGACACUGCACAUCUCACACGUUCAGACAAGGUUCAGCUCAAGCAAGAGUUUAAUGUUACAGCUAAGGGAUCUGGUGCUGGAGUUCUCAAAGUAUAUACACUUUAUUAUGCAAGACCCGUAGAAAAGAAAAGCGACUGCACAAAAUAUGAUCUGUCUGUUGAAAUGAAAAGGGAACGAGAGGUAUCAUAUGAAGAAGCUGAAGAAAGUUAUGAGGUCAUCAUUGACAUUCUGUUUAAGGAUCCAAACAGAGAUGCCACUAUGACUAUUUUGGAUAUCGGCUUGCUGACGGGAUUUGUGGUGGAUGAAAAUGAUCUUGCAGAACUAACCAGUGGGAGGGACAAAUACAUACAGAAGUUUGAGAUGGAAAAGCAGCUUUCAGAACGAGGCUCACUUAUCAUUUAUUUAGAUAAGGUAUCACACACAAGGGCAGACAGGAUUGUAUUCAGAGUACACAAGAUAACCAAAGUAGCUUUGCUCCAACCUGCUGGUGUCACCGUGUACGAGUACUACUCCCCAGGUGAACGCUGUGUGAAGUUCUACCAUCCUACAAAGAAAGAUGGAGCCCUGAACAGAUUGUGCAAUGACCAGGAGGGUCUGUGCCAAUGUGCUGAAGAAAACUGCAGUAUUCAGAAGAAGCAGAAAAUUGAUGAGAAAGAUCGGGAGAAAAAAGCUUGUGAUGCCGGCAUGGAUUAUGUUUACAAAGUCAAAGUUCAACGCCUGGAUCCAAGUCCAAAUACAGAUUUCUAUGAAAUGAAGAUUGAAGAGGUCCUGAAAGAAGGUUCUGAUCCAGAUGUACAUGAAAAAGUAAGGAGCUUCAUGGGUCAUGCUAACUGCAGGGAGUCUUUUGGAUUCGAACAAGGCAAGAACUACCUCAUCAUGGGCCGGAGUAUUGACCUGCCAAGGAUCGAGGGGAAACUGCAGUACAUCUUGGGUGAGCAGACGUGGAUUGAAUACUGGCCCACACGGGAGGAAGGUCAAACCAGCGUUUACAGAGACAAAUAUAUCGGUAUUACUGGACUGGCUCAAAUGCUUACUGAAUUCGGAUGCACUACAUAAGCAAGGAUUUGGCAUGCAACUUUCAAUUUUUUAUUUUAUUACUACGAUUGCUAAUGUACUACUGUCAUUAAAUGUCAUAUCAAUUACUCAUCCUAAAAUGUAAAAGCUUUUGUAAAACCAAAAAGAAAAUCAGUGAAUAAAAUAUAUUUUAAUGAUU